CGUUCGAAGAUGGCCGUGAACUUCGUGUCCCUGUCGGCCGGCGACCAAAGGAGCAGGGUGGCCUCCCGCGCGCCCCCGGGCGACCUCAGCCCGUCCGCCGCGGCGCUGGCGCUGGCGCUGGCCUCCGGAGACGGCUUCCUCGUCGCCGCGCCCGAGGCGAGGCUCCCGGGGCCCGUUCCUCGGCAGGCGGGGCGGCCGAGCGUGCGCCCCGAGAGCCCGGCGCGCCCUCUAAAGGGUCGGGACCCUGACGGGCGGGCCCGGAGCCGCCAGACCCGAGGCGCGCCGUACCGGAUCCCGGCCGUGAAGCCGCACCUGCUGCGGCCCGCCUCCCGGCCUGAUGCGACACCCCCCCCCCCGCCCCCGGAGCCGCGCCUACAAGGCCUCCCGAACCCUCCCCCGGUGCCUCGGCAGCCUUCUCUUCAGAGGGAAACACGCAGGGGCCCUGUUACUGACGGCUUGGCGCAGAGGAAGCCCUUACUUCCUGCCCCGUGCCGCUGGUUGAGGCGGCCUGGGUGAUGAGAUCAGGAAGGAGGGAGAAGAGAUUUUUCUCCUGCUUAGUCACAAGGCUGAGCCGCCCUCCCCAGAGGCCAGCGGGCGUUGGUUGGUUGGUUGGUUUGUUCACCCUUGGUGCGCCGCCUCCCGACCGCGGGGCCGCUUCCCCGCUUCCCACACCUCUGACCCCCACCCUGGCCGACGCUCCUGCUUUGAGACUCGUAAUCGGAGCUUCCUGAACUGCCCACUUCUACCCCAGACCGUUCUCACUAGGUUCACUUUUAUUGGUGAAAAGGAAAUGCUUCCUUCUACUCCCCUGGCCUAUCCUUCCAUGUGGCCUAAGGCUUGUGCCAUCAUCUUGCCUUUAAGGCUUUUCCACCGCCCUCCCAUUUUUUUCUUCGAUAAUAUUUUAUACGACUCCAAUCGCAAUCCUACCAGAAGUCAAAAGCAAACCUAA